CCAGAUGAAAGCAAAACUGCUCCAAUUAAAAAGUCUGAAACCUGCCGUUGUCUCUUAAAAUCAGAUGUUAUUAUUUGCUCUAGAGUUGCUGUUUGACUUGGUGUUCAAGGCAGCUGGAGAAAGCAGGCACCAACCAAGACUUGAAAAAAAUCCACGAGCAUCAGAUUUGGAUCGCCAUUACUGAGAUAUUCAAAGCGGUUGAAGGCUGAUCAGCAAUUCAAAAUUUUAUUCUAGCCUGGGCAUCGUGAGAGGGUCAGCCUGAUCUGUAAAGGGAUCCCACUGAGAUGCAUAAACCAAAUUUCAGGAACAUGGUUUUGUGCCAAAGGAACACUCUACAGCUGCAAGUUGACUGACUGCAGGUUAACUAAACAUCAGACACAAGUGUAAGUGCCCCUGUUGAUGGACCAGUGGACCCUGAGAUCCCCUCUGGCCAGAUUCUGGGUGGCUUGGCUUUCCCUGCAGGCCAUAUGCCAUUUUGCCCAGGGUGAGCCACCUGACUUGCUGGCUGGUGGAGCUGCUGGGCCUCUGCUGGAAGACGCCACCCAAGAGCACGGUUACUACCUGCAGCAGUUGUUUGGACAGUAUGGUGAGAAUGGCACUUUGUCCUUUGAGGGCCUGACCCGCCUCCUGCUAAGCCUGGGGCUGGGGAAGGUGCAGGUGGUGGAGAUCGAACACGAGGAACUGGGCCAUGGUCACGUCUCCCAUCUGGACAUCCUGGAGGUGCAGGAAAACAAGCACCUGCACUUCCACUCAGCACUGGAUCAUAUCAGCAAGUCAGAGCACGGGGCCAAGACUCAAGUGGAGAGUGUUACCCCCACCAGGCCAGGAUUCUCUCUGCUGGACCCUGAACUCCAUACCCCAGUCUCUCCUGCCUUCCAUGAGGUCAGCCACAUCCUCAAGCCCAGCUUUGGGCAAGGCCCCGGGAAAUCUGACAAGGAGAAAGAGGAAAAUGUUUUCAUGCCUCCCCAUGGACAUUCUAAGCUAAACCUUCUGGAGGGAGUCAUUGCCUUAGAUCACUCAGUCUUCAAUCACCUGCAUGAAGAUUGCCUCAAUGUGUCUCAGCUGCUUGUCAAUUUCGGUAUGAAUACCAUCUCCAAAAUCACCCCAGAGCAGUUCACUCUGCUGUGCCCAGCACUGCUGUACCAGAUCGAUAGCCGUGUUUGUAUCCAGCACUUGGAUGAUGUGACUUUCAACACGUCCGAGAACUCGCUCUGGAAUGGCCUGGGCUGGGGAUUUUUGGCUAUCACCAUGACCAGCUUGCCCUCAGCACUGGCCAUUGUCUUGGUGCCCCUACUGAGUGGAGAAACCUUCCAGUUCCUCCUGACUUUUCUGGUGGCGUUGGCUGUGGGGACGUUGUGUGGGGACGCUUUGCUGCACCUCUGGCCACAUGCACAAGUGACCUCCCAUGGCUUGCUGUCCUCAGAAGAAGAUGGCGUUCUGAAGGGUCUAUGUGUCCUAGGGGGCAUUUACUUUCUGUUCCUCACUGAGAAUCUCAUGGGAACGCUCAACCAAAUUCGCGCAAAGAAGAAAAGUGCGACUGGAAAGCAACUUAAGCAAUCUGGUACUAAGGUAGACAAGAAUGAAGCAGAGAGGACCUUGCAUGGUGCUGAAUUGCAGAGUUUGAGAGUGCCGGAAGAGGACCCUGGUAAUGAAAAUGGCAAAGUCCAGGACUGCUCCAUUCAAAUUCACAACUCGGAAAACCACAGGACAAGCCUGGAGAAGCAAACAGAAGAGAUACAUCAUCAUGGUCACUCCCACAGCCCAGUUGGGACUCUCAAGGCUGGGAUAGCUGACAUUGCUUGGAUGGUUAUUCUUGGGGAUGGGGUACACAAUUUCACAGAUGGAUUGGCAAUAGGGGCUGCCUUCUCAAAUGGACUCUCCAGUGGCUUAAGCACUACGUUGGCGGUCUUUUGCCAUGAACUACCCCAUGAACUGGGAGACUGUGCUGUCCUACUCCGGGCGGGCAUGCCACUCCGGUGGGUGCUGUUGUUUAACCUGCUGUCUGCUUUCCUGGCUUAUUGGGGCAUGGUGUUAGGGACAAUUGUCAGUCAGAACACUUCCCAAGUCACUCCCUGGAUCUUUGCCACCACAGCUGGUGUUUUUCUUUAUGUAGCUCUGGUUGAUAUGCUACCUGAAAUGUUGCAGCGACAUUCUACCAGCCGGAGAAAAAGAUCCUUCAGACACUUCGUUCUUCAGAACUUGGGCUUUCUCAGUGGAGGUGGCCUCAUGCUCUGCAUUGCUCUCUUUGAAGAACAUAUCAGUGUCCGCAUGGAUGAGUAAGACAUUUCAAAAGGAAUUCCCAGCUGCAAGGCAAAAUGCACUCGUGGCUCUGUUGUCAGUUAUGACUGUCUUCUUCCUAUAGCUGAAAAGGCAGCUGUAAAAUCCUUUUACUGUGAUUGGAUAAUCCAAGGAAGUUGGAGAGGAGAACAAAAGAAAGUUUGGAAGGAUGAGGGACAAACACUUUUGCCAACCCCCACAAUCCUGCGAUAAUGGGUAUGGUGCCAAGAAAAUUUAAGUCUAAUUCAGCCUGCUUGAUAUUGUAAAAUAAAGUAGGCUGCCACUAAAAUUAGCAUGUUGAAAACCCAUUAUACUUUGUUAAAUGGAGGAGGGGACAGUUGUUUUAGGAGAGUGGACCUAAUUUAAAUGUGUUUCUGUCAACGCUGCAACGAAUUUGGCUGAAGCCAUUUCUACUUCGUUUUCGGUUGCCACAGUAUGGGAGGGAGGAUGUGUGCUUUUAAGGUUAGACAAAAUAGUAAAUUGUCCCGUGGGAACCAAGAUCAUUGCUACCUGGGUUUUGAUGGACUGAGCCUUCCCUUAGAAAGGCCACCAAAGUAGUUAAUUGGGGAAUGUUAUUUAUGACAUCAUGCUGCGGUGGGAAGUUCAACUUUGCAACAUUGUAAUCUUUGGGAAGGAACUUCAGUCUUGGUUUCACUUUUGAUCCUGCCAGUACUUUGUAGCCAAUAAAUAUGUUCUUUAAGGAAA